UUCUUGUCGUGGGAAUUCAAAGUGCAGUAUAAGAAAAUUUCAGCAAGUAGAAAGAUCUCGAGGAAAUUAACUCUUGCAUUUCCCAUGGAUAUCUCAACGUUCCUUCUUCUUUUUCUCCUGCAAACUCCUCUAUCUUCAUCUAAAGCGCUUGACAUUCUCAAAGGCUCAUCUCUAUCUGUCGGGAAACCAAGCGACAACUUAGUUUCAGCGAGUGGUGAAUUCUCUGCAGGGUUUUUCCCCGUUGGGGAUAACGCUUUCUGCUUUUCCAUAUGGUUAACAAUAUCCUCGGUUCCCACAGUCGUUUGGAUGGCAAACCGAGACGAUCCUGUUGAAAGAGGUUCGGCAAUCUCACUUUCGAAAGAUGGCAAGCUUAUCCUCAGAAACUCUGUUGGUAACAUCAUUUGGACCACUAAAACGGCAGCCUUGACCACAUCACGGACCUCCCAAUUGCAGCUACAGCUCCUAAACACAGGCAAUCUCGUUCUUCAUUAUAACUCUCAUAAUGUUGUCAUCUGGCAAAGCUUUGAUUCACCUACAGAUACUCUUCUCCCUCGACAAACACUAACCUCGCUUUCAAGCCUAGUGUCAAAGUCACGCCAAGGUGACUAUUCUUCUGGCUACUACAAACUCUCUUUCGACAAUGAUAAUGUCCUCCGCCUGCUUUUCCAAGAUCCGACGAUAUCCAGUCUCUACUGGCCCGAUCCAUCCUUUACUGACCCUGCAGAAAACGAAAGGUCUAGGUACAACAAUAGUAGAGCUGCGGUACUAGACGCGUCGGGCUAUUUCUGGUCAUCUGACAUGUUUGAAUUCCGAGCAACAGAUUUUCCUCUGGUAUUGCACAGACGACUGACUCUUGAUACUGAUGGCAACCUGCGAUUAUACAGCCUGCAAAAGAUGAAUGAGACUAGGGAUUGGGUUGUAACAUGGCAAGCAUUCUCGGAUCCAUGCAGGAUUCAUGGAAUCUGUGGACCCAAUAGUCUGUGUAGUUAUAAUCAUGCUUCUGGUCGGAGCUGCAAUUGCCUGCGAGGAUUCAAGAUGAAAGAUCCGACUGACUGGUCUUAUGGGUGUAUACCAGAAUUCAAUCUUACUUGCAAUCAAAGUGAUGAGUCUAGCUUUGUCCAACUUGCUCAUGUCGAGUUCUACGGUUCUGAUUCAGACUUCCUACGUAAUGUUACCUUACAAACCUGCCAAAAAGAAUGCCUGAAACGGUGUAAUUGCAAAGGUUUCCAAUUUAAAUUUAGCACAGAUCAUGAGGAUGGUGCGGGUGCCAAUGAUUGUUACCCCAAGUUUCUUCUAGCCAACGGACGACGUUCACCCGGUUUCGAAGGAGAUUUGUAUCUAAGGCUACCCAAAGCUGGUCUUGUUUAUAACAAGACGACUGAUAAAGAACAAAGGUUAGAAUGUUUAUACAAACCAGUUACGCAACAAAGAAAAACUUACGAAAAUCAGACGGUGAAGCUUUUGCUUUGGUUUGCCACUAUCUUGGGUGGUGUAGAGGUUACUUGCAUUUUCCUAGUGUUUGUUUUCUUGUCAAGGACUAGUAAAAAUUCUGAUCCAGCUGCACAAGAAUACCUCCUGACAACUAGAUUCAAAAGAUUCACCUUCUCUGAGCUGAAAAGGGCGACGCAGGGUUUCAGGGAACUGAUUGGACAAGGAGCAGGAGGGGCAGUAUACAAAGGAGUACUACCUGAUCAGCGGGUAGCUGCAAUCAAGCGCCUCAACGAUGCCACCCAAGGAGAAGCAGAGUUCCUAGCAGAAGUAAACACCGUUGGGAGGCUUAAUCACAUGAACUUGAUCGAGAUCUGGGGAUACUGUGCAGAGGGGAAGCACCGGCUUCUAGUGUACGAGUACAUGGAGCUUGGAUCCUUGGCGAAAAUUCUUAGUUCAAAUACACUUGAUUGGGAAAAAAGGUUUGAAAUUGUAGUGGGCACAGCGAAAGGCCUAGCUUAUUUGCAUGAAGAGUGCCUAGAAUGGGUAUUACAUUGCGAUGUGAAGCCUCAGAACAUACUCCUGGACUCAAACUAUCAACCAAAGAUAGCAGAUUUUGGCCUGUCUAAACUACGAAAUAGAGGUGAGGUUGAUGGUUCAAGCUUCUCUAAGAUGAGAGGAACCAGAGGUUACAUGGCUCCUGAAUGGGUUUACAAUCUUCCCAUCACUUCUAAAGUGGAUGUCUAUAGUUAUGGAGUCGUUGUGUUGGAAAUGGUUACUGGAAACAGCCCCUCAGGCAUGCAUAACUCUGAAUGCAGAGGAGCGAGAAAGUAUAGGAGGCGAGUCACGUUACUGAGGGAGGAAAUCAUGAAUAAAAUUGCUGCUUCAAGGGAGUCGUUGAUUGAAGAAAUCGUAGAACCCAGCAUGGAUGGAAACUAUGACAUGGCUACGUUGGAACUUCUGGUUAAAGUCGCUUUACAGUGCGUGGCCGAAGACAAGGAUGAUAGACCCACCAUGAAGCAGGUUGUAGAGAUGCUUCUGUCGCACAAGGUUGAUUAAUUUCGUAAAGUUUAGAUCAUGUAACCCUUUUUUUUUUUUUUUAAUGUUUGAUGAAGGACAGAUGUUCCUGGACCGUAGUAGAUUGUUGAAGAUUAGACGCUGUAAUCCAUCUGGUUCGCUCAGAUCCAGCUCUUCAUAAGAUUUAUGAGUUUUAGAAAUUAAAUGUAAGCAUGUUAUUUA